AUGGAAGUCGCCCGACAAAGCCUCGAACCAUUCGCGUUCGCUGCCAACAAACGGCCACUGGACAUGGUCGACUCUGACGAGCCCCGAUCAGACAGAUCCGAGAAAGCAAACCUCCGUCGACUCGCCAUUGUCAACGAACGCCGACAGUACGAAGAGACGCUCAAACCAGACUCGUCGGACACAGAACCUGCCGCUGCCACAGCCGCUGAGCAGCCCGCCGCCAACUCGCCUCCCGCCGUCGAAAUCGACCCGUCGUCAGGCCUACACGUGCCCACCCUACGAGCCACCUCGGUGAUCCCGUCCUUAUCGCUCAUGUACGCCGACACGGCUCCUCGAGACGUGUGGAGACCGCAGAUCGAGGCCUGGAUGAAGAAGUCCGGCCACCGAAUGCGCGACGUGGAACGGGCCGUCGAGGCGUCCGACAAGCUCGACGACAAGUAUAUGCUCAAGGACCCCAAGCCCGUGGCCAAAUCCAAGGCAGGCCCUGUCGCAAAGACAUCCACUGUCGUGGAUGAACAACUACCCCCACAAACGGCAUCCAUCACCAUGCCCUCGCCACAGAUCCACAGCAGCGCACACGUUGUCAGCACCCCACAGAUCACAGAGCCACCCACGCUCAAACCCCCACAGUCCCCCAUACAACACAUCCCCCCACCCCCACACAUGGCGUCUCCACACCCGUCACCUCAUAUGGAGACCUCAAUGGUCGCCUCUCCGGCACUGUCGUCGCCUCCCAAACCCAUCCACAGUGCCUCCACAUACUCCACCCCCAGCUAUGGCAAGCGACGAUGUAUCAGUUGUGGAUCGGACCAGAGUCCCUGCUGGCGCCCGUCGUGGUCUGCAUCAGCAGGACAGCUGUGCAACUCAUGCGGUUUGCGGUACAAGAAGACUGGAGCCCGAUGCACCGAGUCCGACUGUGGCCGGAUCCCAGCCAAGGGCGAGUGGGCAGUUAUGCGAAACACGGCUAAGCGAAAUCCGGAAACCGGCCGGAUGGACUAUGCAUGCAUUUAUUGUCGAGGAGUGGUGGAAGUGAAUGAGAGGUUUUGA